AUGGCAGCCGAUAUGAGCGGCGAGCAGAUGCAGGCCAAGAUUACCGCGGCCAGGCGCGAAGCUGAAGGUCUCAAGGACAAAAUCAAACGCAGAAAGGACGAGCUGGCAGAUACAACCCUUCGUCAAGUCGCGCAGAACCAGACCGACACCCUUCCUCGUAUCGGUAUGAAGCCUCGGCGAACGCUCAAAGGCCACCUUGCUAAGAUCUACGCCAUGCACUGGUCGACCGACCGUCGUCAUCUCGUCUCUGCCUCGCAAGACGGCAAGCUGAUCAUCUGGGACGCCUACACUACGAACAAGGUCCAUGCAAUUCCUCUGAGAUCGUCGUGGGUGAUGACCUGCGCUUAUGCUCCCAGCGGGAAUUACGUUGCUUGUGGUGGUCUUGACAACAUCUGUUCCAUCUACAAUCUCUCGUCCCGCGAGGGCCCGACCCGCGUCGCGCGCGAACUCUCGGGGCACUCGGGCUACCUCUCAUGCUGCCGUUUCAUCAACGAUCGUCGUAUCAUCACCUCGUCCGGUGAUAUGACUUGCAUGCUGUGGGAUAUCGAGUCGGGAUCCAAGGUGACUGAAUUCGCGGAUCAUCUGGGAGACGUCAUGUCGAUCAGCAUCAAUCCUACCAACCAGAACAUCUUCGUUUCCGGUGCUUGCGAUGCCUUCGCCAAACUCUGGGAUAUCCGUACCGGAAAGGCCGUUCAGACCUUCGCUGGACAUGAGUCCGACAUCAACGCGAUCCAGUUCUUCCCCGACGGAAAUGCUUUCGGAACCGGUUCCGAUGACACCUCCUGCCGUCUCUUCGACAUCCGCGCGGACCGGGAGUUGAACAUCUACCAGAGCGAUCAAAUUCUGUGCGGUAUCACGUCUGUCGCGUUCUCCGUCUCCGGUCGACUAUUGUUUGCCGGCUAUGAUGAUUUUGAGUGCAAGGUCUGGGACGUCCUUCGUGGUGAUAAGGUUGGCUCCUUGAGCGGCCACGAGAACCGUGUUAGCUGCCUGGGAGUCAGCAACGAUGGCAUCAGUUUGUGUACUGGAUCCUGGGAUUCUCUCGUAAGUUACCUUGCAAAAAUCAAGGAUACCCUCCUUCUGUUCCCAGCAGUCACUGAUAUAUCUGUCUGCCAUAUAGCUCAAGGUUUGGGCCUGGUAAACGGUCUAUAUCUACCAAGCAAAGAUACCCUGUCUCAAUCUUUUGCGAUUCCUUUAUUCGACUUCCUGUUCCAUUCUUUCCCUGCAACAAUAGGUUGGAUGCCCGCCGUUGUACGAUAUUUCGCAUUUCCCCGAAGAGCAAUGUCCGCCAUUUAA